AUGAGCUCGCAGUUCAAUCAGGAAGAAGGCGCGCAGACUUCUUUAGCGGAAGAGUUGCGCACCACCACGCGACAGCAACACCACGCUUUGAACGCGCAGAUCACUCCACGUCUGCCACUAUGUCUGCCUCCAAUCGCAGAUAGUCCACUCAUUUAUGUUAAAGGUAUGAUAGUGUUUGGCCAGAUAUACAUCGCCUUCGAAGGAUUUUGGGAGACACAACUCGCUUUUCCUCAGUUAAAUCAGCGACUGCUUCAGAUCUAUGAGAAUGUACACUUUCCAUGGCUGCUCAGGUCCCGCCAGUUACGACACGACAUUGACGCCCUGAAGUCAGACCUCUUACGGUCUCAAAUUCAAGAACUUGAAGUUUUAGUCGACGAGUCCAGGGGGUUUCGUCUGCAAGUUGAAAGGUCAUUAUCAGCGAGACCACAUGUCCUGCUGGCUUAUACUUGGACGAUGUACCUUGCUCUUUUCAACGGCGGUCGUUGGAUUCGAGGGCAGCUUGUCUCCGCAGGCCCAGAGUUCUGGCGUGGAAGUACACUUCCGUUGUCCUUUUGGGAAUUUCGAAAGGAAGGAGAGGUCGAUGUUGGCGAUGAGCGCCUUAAAGAAGAGUUCAAAGAGAAAUUUCAGGGCGCAGCUUCCAUCCUCACCGAGGAGGAAAGUCGAAAUGUCGUUGAGGAGACUAUGAAAUUAUUCGACAUGUGCUCACAAAUGGUGGAAUUUCUAGACAACAAGACCGCGACGUCCCCGUCCCAAAAGGCUUUUGCUGAGUCCCCGUCGCUUCUCACUGCUUCCCAACUCAAGGACUCAAUUGUUGCGAACUCGACGGCGCCUUCUCUUUGGCAAUGCCUGACCUCUGUUUGUUCCUCGAUAAAGACAACGACAAGCACAGCACUGCGCGGUAAAGCCUCCUCGGCAGGCUGA